UAAAAUUAAAGAGAUAUUCCAGAUUUGGCGGGUACGGUGCAAAAGCUUCUUCUUGUAUCAUAUGAAGCGCUGGUAUAUAAAUAAUUCAAUAAUUUAGUUUCAAGUUUCGAUGAAACCGAUCGACUACUAGGACUAUAGAAGUAUGGAAGAAAGAGUUAGAAAACAGAAUGAGUGACGUUUUUAAUUGGGUAGGUGUUGAUUAUCUAUAUAAAUGGUAGGUGCUUCACCUAUUUAACCAUCAUAAGCUCAUCCAACCCAAAACACCUCUCUCUCUCUCUCUCUCUCUCUCUCUCUCCACACACACACAUAUAUAUAUACACAGAGAAGUGUACCCCUAGCCUCUCGAGUAAUAGUCACCCAACUGCAGUUGUGCAAGAUCAAACGGAUUAUCAGUAUCUGGAAAAAUGUGGAGAUUGAAGAUCGCCGAAGGAGGCAAUGAUCCGUAUCUGUAUAGCACAAACAAUUACGUUGGGAGACAAAUAUGGGAAUUUGACCAGGACUACAAUGGCAGCUCUGAGGAGCUAGCCGAGGUUGAAGACGCUCGUCUUCAGUUCUGGAAUAACCGCUACCAGGUCAAGCCUAGCGGCGACCUCCUUUGGCGAUUGCAGUUUCUGCAAGAGAAGAAGUUCAAACAAACAAUACCCCAAGUGAAGGUUGGUGAUGGUGAGGAAAUCACACUUGAAACAGCCACAACUUCCCUCAAGAGAGCUGUCCAUUUCUUUGCAGCCUUGCAGGCCAGUGAUGGCCAUUGGCCUGCUGAAAAUGCCGGUCCCCUUUUUUUCCUUCCACCUCUAGUGAUGUGCAUGUACAUUACGGGGCAUCUUAAUACUGUAUUCCCAGCAGAACAUCGAAAAGAAAUUCUUCGUUACAUCUACUGUCAUCAGAACGAAGAUGGUGGGUGGGGAUUACACAUUGAGGGGCACAGCACUAUGUUCUGUACCGCGCUCAGCUACAUUUGUAUGCGUAUACUUGGAGAAGGACCUGAUGGUGGUGAAAACAAUGCCUGCGCCAGAGCGCGAAAAUGGAUCCUUGACCAUGGUAGUGUGGCAGCCAUACCCUCCUGGGGAAAGACAUGGCUUUCGAUACUUGGUGUUUGCGAAUGGUCAGGAAGCAACCCAAUGCCCCCAGAGUUUUGGCUCAUUCCUACUUUCCUUCCUAUGCAUCCAGCGAAAAUGUGGUGCUACUGUCGGAUGGUUUACAUGCCUAUGUCAUAUUUAUAUGGGAAAAGGUUUGUUGGCCCAAUCACUCCUCUCAUUCUACAACUAAGAGAAGAACUUUAUGCCGAACCAUACGAUCAAAUCAAUUGGAGGAAAGUGCGCCAUUUAUGUGCAAAGGAGGACCUUUACUAUCCCCAUCCCCUGAUACAAGAUUUGCUCUGGGACGGUCUUUACGUAUGCACCGAGCCUCUUUUGACUCGUUGGCCCUUUAACAAGUUGAGGGCAAAGGCUCUUGAAACUACAAUGAAGCACAUACAUUAUGAAGAUGAAAACAGUCGUUACAUUACUAUUGGAUGCGUGGAAAAGGUAUUAUGUAUGCUUGCUUGUUGGGUUGAAGAUCCAAAUGGAGACUAUUUCAAGAAACACCUUGCUAGGAUUCCAGAUUAUUUAUGGGUUGCUGAAGAUGGAAUGAAGAUGCAGAGUUUUGGCAGUCAGGAAUGGGAUACUGGUUUUGCCAUUCAAGCACUAUUGGCUAGUAAUCUCACUGAUGAAAUUGGACCUACACUUAUGAAAGGACAUGACUUUAUCAAAAAGUCUCAGGUUACGGACAAUCCUUAUGGUGACUUUAAAAGCAUGUACCGCCACAUUUCUAAAGGAUCAUGGACGUUUUCCGAUCAAGAUCAUGGAUGGCAAGUUUCUGAUUGCACUGCAGAAGGAUUGAAGUGUUGUCUCCUUUUCUCAAUGAUGCCUCCAGAAAUUGUUGGUGAGAAAAUGGAGCCUGAGCGGCUGUAUGAUGCUGUCAAUAUAUUGAUGUCUUUACAGAGCAAAAAUGGUGGUUUAGCAGCAUGGGAACCAGCAGGUGCCCAAGAGUGGUUGGAGCUGCUCAAUCCAACAGAAUUCUUCGCAGACAUUGUCAUUGAGCAUGAGUAUGUGGAGUGCACUUCAUCGUCAAUUCAGGCUCUUGUUUUGUUUAAGAAGUUAUAUCCUGGACACAGGAAGAAAGAGAUAGAGAAUUUUAUCGCGAAUGCUGUUAGGUACCUAGAAGAUGUACAGAUGCCAGAUGGCUCAUGGUAUGGAAAUUGGGGAGUGUGCUUCACAUAUGGCACCUGGUUUGCCUUAGGAGGGCUGGCUGCUGCUGGCAGGACUUACAACAAUUGUCCAACUGUUCGUAAAGGUGUUCAUUUUCUGCUAAAAACACAGCGCGAUGAUGGUGGUUGGGGAGAAAGCUAUCUUUCCUGCCCAAACAAGGAGUAUACACCUUUGGAAGGAAACAGGUCAAAUCUGGUGCAUACUGCAUGGGCCAUGAUGGGUCUAAUUCAUUCUGGGCAGGCGGAGAGAGAUCCAACACCUCUACACCGUUGUGCAAAGCUAUUGAUCAAUUCUCAAAUGGAAAACGGUGAUUUCCCCCAACAGGAAAUUACUGGAGUUUUCAUGAAAAAUUGCAUGUUACACUAUGCAGCCUACAGGAAUAUAUAUCCAUUGUGGGCUUUGGCAGAAUACCGAAAGCGGGUUCCAUUGCCAUCAAAGAGUUGUAGCUACAUAACUGAUGCCUAAUUAGAUUGAAUUCAUGUAAUAAAGAAAUAUUAUGUAUAAUUGUUGUUGUAGUAGUAGUUUGUGUUAUUAAUGUAUCCCAUCUCGGUUGUUUCUUUCACAGGGACAGGGUCAAUACCAGUUUGUUCAUGUAAAUUUAUUAUAUGUGGGGAAGGGCUCAAAUGCCUUUUAAGUAAUGAUGAGGCAUUUCUCUUGUAAUAAAGUUGAAAUAAGUUUUAUAUCAUUUG